GUAACUUGGAGGUCGGUACAAACUUGCGGCACGGACUGCAGUGUCAUGGGGUGCAGCAACAGCAAGGAGGCGCCUCGUGUAAUCCACGAUGCGCAGCGACCGCUCACGGCCAACGAGUACUACCCCGCACCCCCGUCAGGCAAUACCCCGGUGCAACCGAGCGCCAGCAGACUUGGUUUGAAUACGGGUAGCAUGCCAGCGACGACACCCGUCGGAGGCGGGCGCUCGGCACAGACAUCGAAUGCGUCUGAGAUCGACCUGGCAUACGCGCCGCUGCAGCAGCUGAAGAAGUUUUGGAUUGACCCAGACGAUUGCGGUAGUUCCCGUGCGCUCAAGUCGUCGUACAUGAUGACCCAUGUUGGGUACUAUCAAGGACAUCCGACCGUCAUUAAGUCGUUUGCUGGGUUCGACAAACGCACUGCAAGUGUCGUGGAGAAAGAGCGCUCCGACCUCAUCAAAGAGAUUCGGGCGCUAUCCAAGCUGUCCCAUCCCAACAUCGUCGCGUUCUUGGGAUUCACGUACACAACCGUCGACGAUCUCAAGUGCGUGACCGAGUUUAUGGACGGUGGAAACCUUCGUACGCUCUUGAACAACCCCAAGCGAGAACUCAGCUGGCGACGCGAGAAGCUCUCGAUCGCGCUGGACGUGGCGUCGGCAUUGCAGUACCUCCACAGCCUCAAGCCAAAAGUGAUGCACCGCAACAUCAAGGCAGAAAAAGUGCUCUUGACGGCGUCGCUCUCGGCCAAACUGUCUGGGUACGUCUGCAGCUCCGACGCUCCAACGGCUUGGGUAAACCAACGCAACAGCCUCCCUCAGUCCCUGGCGCAUCGUAGGUUUGGAUCGGCGCGAGAAUGGAGCUACACGCAAACGAUGACCCGCAAGGUCGGGUCCGUCGAAUGGUCCGCGCCCGAGCUCCUUCUCAACGAAGACUACAACGAAAAGAUUGACAUUUAUGCGUUCGGGAUGCUGCUCAUCGAACUGGACACACGUGAGCUCCCGUAUGCGAAUAUCGCACGCGAUACGUCCAAUGCGCUCGUCACCAACAUCAUCACCGGCGUCGUCCGGCCCACGGUCAGCCCAACAUGUCCCAAGUCCAUCAGCAAACUCGUCCGAGCCUGCCUUCAGCUCGACUCAUCGUUGAGACCGUCGGCUGACGUUAUAGUGCAGAUCCUCCGGGAAGAGCAGGCACGUGCCGCUGAAGCUGUGGUUGAGAAGCUUCAGAUCAAGCAGACAUCGGGAUCUCGCAGUGCCGUGCCGACCGUCGUGCCACCGUCCAUAGUUUCAACUGGUUUUGACGUGCCGCAUCCAGACUUUCAGCAUCUCGCCCCACUGCGCAACCAAUAUUGGAUCGACGCACGCGACUGUGUCGUAUCUCGACAGAUCUCGUCGUCGUGCAUGAGCACACUGCUCGGCCACUUCAAGGGCGACGCGGUCGUCGUCAAAAUGCUCAACCUGACGCGCCCGAUCGACUGCGUCGACCAGGACCGCAAGUACCUCGUCCGCGAGAUCGUGAUGAUGGCCAAACUGGCCCACCCCAACAUCGUGACCUUCCGCGGAUUUACGUUCACGACCCAGGACGACCUCAAGUGCGUGACCGAGUUCAUGGCUGGAGGAACCGUUCGAGCCCUCUUGGACAAGAAAAAGCGCGCGCUAUCGUGGGAUAGCGAGAAGCUGCGGCUUGCGCUGGACGUCGCGAUGGGCCUCGCGUAUUUGCACGGACAAACACCGACCUUGAUGCAUCGGAACAUUAAGGCGAGCAAAGUGCUGCUCACGCCUGGCCUGGGUUCGUGAUCGCCAUUCUUUAAUCGGUCAUGGAGCUUACAUUCACUGUACAAAUAGGUGCUAAGCUCUCAGGCUUUGGGUUUGCCAGGGUAUGGACGUCGCAGGAAACGAUGACCGCGGCUGUCGGCACUAUGGAGUGGGCCGCACCGGAACUACUGCGCAAUGAAGACUACAGCACCCCCGCCGAUGUGUUUUCAUUUGGAGUAUGGACUCCUCAACUACCUUGGCCUCUACCCCCUCACGAUCAUAUUAGGUCUUUUUGACGGAGCUGGACACGCGCAUGAUCCCGUACACCGACGUCCGUGACAAAAGAUCCAAGUCGCUCACGGACGAUUCGCUCAUGAUGCAAAUUGUGAUGGGCCAACUGCGUCCGAGCGUGUCGCCGUCGUGCCCUCGGCCGAUUCAAAAGCUAAUCCAGUCCUGCCUGCAAGUGAAUGCCGCCCACCGCCCAGCCAUGGCCGACGUCGUCGCGAUCCUUAACCAGGAAAAACUGAUGGCAAUGGGCCUUUAACUGGACUCCAGCCCUUCAAACAUGAGGUUCAAGUGCAAGUUCAACUUGGCCAAGGACGUGCCACGUGGAGUGCACAUUGCCCUGCUUCGGUCCCACGCGAAACCCCCGUCCCAACCAUAUAGAACGUUUUCUGAUUGGUCAAAAGUAUGAUAUCCUGCCUAUGGAUUGGCUGAAAAUGCAAUGACGUCGACACCGA